UCCUAUCAUAACGUGACAACUUCUACGUGCCUCGACGUGACGUGCGGAGGGCAAAGGUUAAACAGUGAUGAAGAUUCCUCCACCGUAACCACCCGAACGAACUUGUUUAUUUUUGUUUAGAAAAAAAAGGAAUCUUCGAAGCCGGGCUGUGCUGUACUUGAAGAGCUACAAAACAUGGCGCGUCUAGUGGCGAUUUGCCGGGAAGGCGAGGAAGACUUCCCGUUUCUUGCAAGACAGAUUCCCCUGUACAUUGACGAACCUCUCACGAUGGUGAUGGAAUUUCCUGAGGAUGUCAUGGACCUUGACAGCCAGUACAUUAAUACUACCCGAUGGAUACAGUUUGCAGAGUACCACUCCAAGUUGAAGCAGCAGGACCUGCACACGGCCAUGAUGGUGACGUCCAGGGAGGUGUUCAGCACCCUGGCCCAGCUGGUGCCUUGCGUUGGCUGCCGUCGCAGUGUGGAGCGCCUCUUCUCCCAGCUGGUGGAGUCCGGGAACCCGGCCCUGGAGCCCCUCACUGUGAAGACCCCCGCCAUGCUCUCCGUCACCAAGGCCUGCCUGGCCGACGCCAAGAAGCUCUUCACACUUUUCUACGUCCACGGGUCAAAGUUGAACGACAUGAUCAACGCCAUUCCCAAGAGCAAAAAGAACAAACGAUGUCAGUUGCACUCCUUAGACACCCACAAGCCCAAACCGUUGGGGGGAAGCUGGAUGGACGUGUGGGAGCGGAUGUCUCAGGGGUGCAGGGACGAGGUGGUCCUCAUCGACAGUGCCUGCCUUCUUGAGACACUAGAGACGUAUCUACGCAAACAUAGGUUCUGCACCGACUGUAAGAACAAGGUGCUCCGGGCGUACAACAUCCUGGCGGGGGAGCUGGACUGCACCAAGGAGAAGGGCUACUGUGCCGCCCUGUACGAGGGCCUGUGCUGCUGCCCCCACGAGCGCCACAUCCACGUCUGCUGCGAGACCGACUUCAUCGCCCACCUGCUGGGCCGCGCCGAGCCCGAGUUCUCGGGCGGUUACGAACGGAGAGAGAGGCACGCCAAGACCAUGGACGUGGCCCAGGAGGAGGUGCUCACCUGCCUGGGGAUCCACCUCUACGAGCGCCUCCACCGGAUCUGGCAGAAGCUCCGGGCCGAGGAGCAGACCUGGCAGAUGCUCUUCUACCUGGGGGUGGACGCGCUGCGGAGGAAUUUUGAGAUGGCCGUGGAGAAGAUGCAAGGCAUCAGCCGACUGGAGCAGUUUGUGGAAGAGCUCUCCGAGGAGGAGAGAGCCAAGGAGCUGAAGCAGGAGAAGAAGAGGCAGAAGCGCAAGAACCGACGCAAGAACAAGUGUGGCUUCGACGUGCCCGCGGACAAGGAGAAGAGUCUGGACGAGUGCUCGCUGGAGUCUGUGGACGUCAGCUGCAAGGCGUGUGGUAGCCCGGAUGAGGAAGAGGAGGACGACGAUGAGGAAGAGACGGUUGCCGCGGAGGUCAUCGUCGGCAGCGGGAGCGACGCGUGCACCUGUCCGGAGAGCAGAACCCUGGACUCGCCUCAAACCAACAAAGGCCUGUCUCCCCACAGCAACGCCAGCGACUGCGGCUACUCCUCCAGCAUGGAGGGCAGCGAGACGGGGUCCCGGGGGGGCUCGGACGUGGCCUGCACAGAGGUCUUCAACCACGACGACGCAGGUCAGCGCAGGGGAGACUUCCCAAAUGGCCUCGACAACCACCACCUGUGUUCCGAAGCCAAGGAGGUGGAGGAGGAGGAAGCGGCGGACAGCUGUGUGGAGUGCUGGGCGAACGCGGAAGACGACGCCAAGUGCAAGAAUAAAAAGAAAAAGCGAAAGGGCAAGAGUCUAUGCAACGAUCAGGGACAAAAAGCCAAAGAUUGUUCCGCAGACGAAAACAAAACAGGAAAAGGUGGCGUGACCACGUCCCAGAAUUGCCAAACCAAAGAAACACGCCCCCCCGCGCCGGGGGGCGGUUUUGCCAGUAUUGCACUUCCGGCACUGUGCGGCCAACCAGACAACAGCACAAAAAGCCUUGUGGAACUCCUGGGCGACGCCGACCGCUGCUUGGACGAAGACAACUGCCUGACGCCGGAGGAGAUCCGGGCCUUCGUGGAGAGCAAUAAGUCCUUCUACAGCCAGCGUGACCGCUACCGCCAACACCUGAGGGACACCUUCACCAACUACUGCCGCGCCACCCAGCGCAGCAAACCCCUCCGCGCGGAGAGCGGCUAGCCCGCCACUAGCAUCUCAAAGUAGCAGCACUUAUGAAAACCUUACAACGGGGGCAAAGGGUGGGUGGUGUGACCACUGAACCACCUUUUCACGAUGGGGGGGAACCAGACUUUGGUCUGGUUCACCGAUUAUUAUUUUUUUCUUAGGUUAAAUUAAUGUUUCUUCUUCAGUUCUGGCCUUCAUCUUCAUGAAUGUGAUUUUCACAGUUUCUUCCUCCUUGUCUUGUUGUUCCAUCUCGUUAUUCUUGACCAAAUCUAGCCGUAUGUUAUUGGUUUCAUGCACGUUGGCGCUAAGGAGAGCAGUAGAUAUUGGUUGGAGCUUGUAACUGUGACACUAGGAAUAGUUCUGUUUAUUAUCGUUUGUUUCACUUCUGUGACACUUCAGUGUAGUGGCAAAGGUUGUACUGAUGAAUGUGUACAGAAAUUCUAAAUAUAGAUUUUACAGAUAAUGAACAUCCAUUUCUAAUAACAAUUUGGGUGUAAUGUCCAUAGUGCAAUGUUGAAAAAUGUAAUAAAGGAUAUUUAUUAAUAUGCA